GAAGAAAUUCAGGGAGUGCCUGUGUGUUUCAUGGACGAGGAACUGGAAAAUGGUCAAGUGAACAUUUCCCCUAGUCAUUUAUGGAGCUGUGUUAUAAGAUAGUUAUGCGUAUUUUAUCGCUGUCAUAAACUUGUAUAGACCUUCAAAAAAGAUAAUUUACAUUUCUUGAGGACUUGAAGACCGUCUAACGCGAGCUCAGGAAGGUCCUGUGGUGUACAUGGCACUACAUGCGGCUGCACCAUGAGCGGCGAGCCGGAUGCCUUGGCUGUGGUCAACCAGCUCCGUGAUUUAGCUGCUGACCCGCUGAACAGGCGCGCAAUUGUUGAAGAUCAGGGCUGUUUGCCGGGACUCAUCCUCUUCCUUGAUCACCACAACCCACAAGUCGUCUACUCGGCACUGCUGGCUGUGCGCUACCUGGCAGAAUGUCGAGCCAACAGGGAGAAGCUGAAGGGCGUUUUGGGAAUGAUGCUGAGUCUGCAGAAUGUCAUGCAGAAGAGCACAUCCCCAGGGGAGACCAAAUUGCUGGCUUCGGAAAUCUACGAGAUCCUGCAGAACUCGAGCAACGCUGAGGCUGAACAGGCCGAAGCAGCCGCCUCGUGCCGCCGUAAGGCUCAGUUCUUCCUGGGUUCCACCAACAAGCGGGCCAAGACCGUGGUGCUGCAGAUCGACGGCUUGGACGACCCAACACGUAGGAGCCUGUGUGAGGAGGCUUUGCUGAAAAUCCGCGGAGUCAUCAGCUUCACCUUCCAGAUGGCUGUGAAGAGGUGUGUGGUCAGGAUCCGUUCCGACCUGAAGGCCGAGGCUCUGGGAACCGCCAUCGCGUCAACCAAAGUGAUGAAAGCGCAGCAGGUGGUGAAGGGAGAGGACGGGAAUGAGAUGGUAAUCCCGUUGCAGGAGGAUUCGGACGUGGAGGUGGAGCAGAACACGGACUUGCCGGAGUACCUCCCUGAGGAUGAGAGUCCGGCUCAGGAGCAGCACAAGGCCGUGUCUCGCCUGGGCUCCAUGCAGGACGGUAUGGGCUGGCUGAGCACGGCCGCCAACUUCCUGUCCCGCUCGUUCUACUGGUGACCCCGCGCCAUAACCCGCCGCACCGAGUGCACAAACACUACUGCAGGCUGCUGCAAACUAACUCAAGUCCUCCUAAAGCUCACGUUAGCGCCCACGCCACAAGAGACACCAAGCCAUAGAACAACAAAGGCGGCUUUCACAAUGAGCAUCUCCUCCGUAGCGCUAUCUCUCUCUCUACUUCUCCUUUCAGCCAGAAAAUGUUUUUUUUUUUAAAGACGGUUUGGUCCAGUUUCUUCUCCUCAUGGGUCCAUGUGUGAUACCAGACAACAGCGUUGGGUAUUAGUGUGUGUUCUCGUGUGGUGUGUUGUUUUUUUUUUUAAAUUUUUUUUUUUUAAAUUUUUUUUUUUUUUGGGGGGGGGUUACUCAGCGCUGUGCCAGGUUGCGUACUCUUCCUGGCAACAAAUUUUCAGUUUUGUACGAAGGAACUUUUUCUCGUGCAGGAAGUUUGAGCCCUCAAGAAGUUUUCCCACCUUUUCCUGUGUCGCAUUUCGCCUUUGCAUCUCACAUCUUGUGUGUUUUAUCUGUUGUUUUUUUUCUUUGCUAAUUUGUAGAAAACCGACGAUCUGUUUUAAAUUCACUUUAACCCCUCGGGAUGCCCUGCUUUCUACCCAUGCCUUUUUUUCAUCCUCUUUUUGUGUGUGUGUGUGUGUGUGUGUGUGUGUGUGUGUGUGUGUGUGUAAGAGAGACUGACUUUUCAAUGCCUUUUCCUAUUCCCAUAUCAACCUCUGAAGACUUAACCCUUGUCCUGAUUCAUGUAUUGGCGUUAAGGGAAUGGGAGAAACAUCAGCAAUAGCUGCUGUAGAGUCAUUGAGCGAAGCUGUAAUACUGUAAUAUAAUCUAAUGACUCCUGAUGCAUGCGGGGGGGAGGGGGAAAUAAAACAUAAAAACAAAAUGCACGCUAUUGCUACUUGGACUACUAACAGUUCCUCAUGCUACGUGCCACCAGCUGUAGUAAUUACUCUAAUACCAGAGAGCUGACGACUGAAUUCGAGUCGGAAAGCUAGGUUCAUUUGGGAGCUUUAAUAUUCUUGCAAAUAAUUUUCUUUAUCGUUGACUGUCUAUAACACAAGUAUUAGUAUUCUGGUUUUUGGUAUUAUUAUUAUUAUUAUUAUUAUAGUUGGGAUUUUCAUCAGGCCUCAUUUAAGCUAAUCGCCAAAAAAAAAAAACACGCACAAUCAGUGCCUGUGACUCUUGUGUAAUAAAACCACUUCGAUUUGCGUAAUCUUUUGAGUAUAUGAACAAAAAGAUGAGGAAAAAUUCACCAACAGUGUUAUUUAAACGCAACAUCAGAUUGACUAAGUGCUGAAUGUCUCUCAUUAUUUUAUCCACAUUCACCGGAUAUGAGCAAUCGUGCACUCUGAUGGCUACUCUACUCAUGGUAUAUGAGCUAAUAUCCUAGUAGUAGAGGGGGGAAAAAUGGCAGAAUGUGUUGCUGAGUCAAGCGAGGACAAAAUAAAAACUCAAAAACACCCCCCCAAAAAUUAAGUAUUUUAAAAGAAACAGAAAUGGCUAAAAAAAAAAUCUCCUUUUCUACACUCCAGCCCAGUCGGUGGCGAUAGAGCUUCUUUAAGCUGGUUUGCCAACCAGCAAAAAAAAAAAAAAAUCCUAAAAAACAACAAAAUAAUAGUGGAGCAUGUUACUGAACCAACCGAAGAUGAAAUGAAAACUCUACUGAAAACAAAACUUCCCAAAAAAAGCAACAAAAUAUGAGGGGGGAAAAGUAUUUGAUGGUAAGAGCGUGUUGUCUCCCCCCCCCCCCCCCCCCCAUAAUUAUUUUAUCAUUUUUCACAAAUUACUCCUGUCAUUUUGCCGGUUUGUUUACAUUCUGAGCGGAAAUGAUUUUGUCGGACAUUUUGUAUAAAGUUUUUUUUUUAUCGAACUUGCAAAAACAAAAGUAAAAAUGCUCUAUUUCUCAAAAUCCAGUGAAUGUGGAUGGAAUAAAACAGUUAUUCCACUCAAUCUCAUCGUACACGGCUUAUAGACAACUCGGUGCUACGUGCCUCAUCGGCUAUCGGCUCAUAUACGACUCGAUUUCAUGGAAUAACUGUUCACGAUUUCACUGUACUUGAGUUUUUGUUUUUUAAAGCGUUUAGUUUCUCACUAGUGAAUCAUUAACUUUUAGAUUGACCCCAGGUUAACGUCCGUGACAUCAGGAAGACUGUUCGAGAGCGUAGCACGUGUUUAGAAGUAGAAGCUUCUCAUGUACAGAAUACGUCUGCUGUUACGUGUAUAAAGAGUUUCAGACCAUGGAGUUAUUGCCUGUUCACAAUAAUGACCUUAUUAAAUAUAUUAAAGAAUA